UGGAGGCGGCCAAGCCGGAGACCUCCCGGGACAACCUGCGGAGUCUGCUGACCGACCACUUCACGACUCCCCGGCACCACAUCACCUACUUCGAAGGGCUGGUCGCAGCCGAGGACUUCAUCUACGACACGUUGAAGAGCUACAACAUGCAGGUCGCCAAACAAAGUUUCCUUCUGCAGAGAGAUGACGGGAGGACUUUUAGGGGCGUGAACGUGCUCGGUCUGUGGCCGGGUCGUUACUUCAUGACGCCACAGGACAGACCCGUCAUGCUGACCGCCCACUACGAGAGUCCGUACGAGAUGGCCGGGGUGGAGGAUAACGGGUCCGGGCUGGCCGCCCUGCUGGAGUCGGCCCGCCUCAUCACCUCACAGCCCUACCUGUAGGACUACACCGUCGUCUUCACGGCUUUCGACUUUUCGACUAUAGAAAGGACAGGCGCACCGAGCAGCCCCUGCGCCACCGUGGGCUGCGGCUGCCGGGAGUUCGUGAAGGACGUCCUCGUGCCCUUCAUGAACGACAGCCACAUAGGAACUACAGACAUCCAAGGGGUCGUCGUUCUGCAAGCUCUCUUAAACUAUAACAACACUCCGGGAGCUCAGGACCUUCCCAGCGAAGAUGCCUUCCGAACGGUGCCCGGACUAGUGGACUCAGCUAACGCCAUCCGAGAUGGCGGCUACAGGGGAGACUUCGUGGCCGUGAUCUCCCGCGAGGUCGACUCGCCCCUGGCGGCUGCCUUCAACAACAAGUUCGAUGGAGCUGGUAACCCACAGUACAAGAGGCGUAGCAUGACCCUCCCUUUCAAGGAAAUAACGGACCAGACGAAGCAGGACCCUCUAUGGCCACUUUACGAUGGUCUGACGGAUGCUGACAUCAAAGCCUUGUACGAAGUGGUACCAGAUGUGAAGGCCAUAUUCCUCACUGACACAGUUGUAUACAGAGGCAGAGAGAAGGCCUGGCCGAGUCUGACCCCAAAUGACACCAUGACCAUCACUGAUGAGAGGCUGGACUUCCUGAAGAAGACUACAGACGCGGUGACCAGGAUGGUGGAGGAUCUCACGGGCCACAAGGAAACGUGCGGCAAAGAUCCUGUAAGCGAGUUCCCGGUUCAGAAAGAGUUGCAGCUGACCGGCACGCUGGACAUGUCAGCCUUCACCCUGCAGAACGUCACCAUGACCGUUCACACGGUCCAGCCGCACGGCGUGCUCAACGCUACUCUCUCGGGUCAGGACUGGAGCCUCUACAUGAUAGGUAUUUACGAUCCGCUCGAGCGCGUUCUCCACCUGUAUAUUCCCGAACCGUUUGAAGUGGAAGGAGCGCCCGGCACCCUGUCCUGUGCGGUGUUCGGGAGUUUUCAUCCCCACGACUCAGUCGUGAUCUUCACUGGUAGGAUGAGAGGGCACUGUUCGUCCACGCUCUCCUUCUUUGGACGCGGGGGUAUCACAAACGAGGGACUCUUAGUCCUCACUAGUACCAGCGGUAAAGCCGCUAAAGUCUCCAGCAGUAGCGGGCCCAGCCUGGCGUUGCCGGUGGUUCUCAGCUUACUGGGCGGGAUGGUUUUUGCCGCCAUCCUGGCUGCUGUAGGAUUUUUCGUAUAUACCAAACGGCUGGCGAAUUCUUCUGCCAGCUCGCUACCCAUGAAGGAAAACCAGUGAUCGUGAGGGGUGGAUGAAGAUGUCAACUUAAUAGUAUAGAGACGGCCAUUUGCGAGACGGACCCAUUUUACCCAUGUUCUUGUAAUAUUGAGCACAGAAUUUAGCAUUGCAUUUGUGUAACGAUUCUGUUUUCACCUACUACUAGAAAGCUGAAUUAAACUUUGCAAAAGAAUUUCGCAAAAUGCUGAGACUAAGACACACCCUGUCCCGCAGCAUUUACUGUCAGUCACCCUUACCCCUGCUUGGCCCAGUAUGCAGUGCGUUUUGUUUGUAUUGCAUGCAUAAACGGUAAAUCACCUCAUGUCGUAACAACGCAGGCUUUAACAGUACAGGCUGCAUAUCCGGACAGAUUAUAUUUCAUCCACUCACACGAAGAAGGACCUUUUCGAUGAUUGUGGUUUGUUCUUUUACGUGCUCGAGAUGAAGCUCUCCUCAAAGGAGCCCCACUUUACGUCCUAUUUAGAGGGACGUCCCCAAGUAAUGCUAGGUAUUGAGGG